AGUGUUUCAGUAAAGGUAACUCAGUGUGUCUCAGUACUGAGCUGUCUCUCACACUACUGGUGAGGUGACGUGUGGGGAUACAACUAUACUGACACUUACUGCUUGUUGGUUUUAUUUUGUAACUAUUGAAGAAGACAACUCUGUCACCUCCCUCCUGCUACACUCUACUCAGGCUAUCGUCCGCCUAGUGGAUACUGACAGUCUUCACUUCCGGACUAACAUCUCUCAGAAGCCAAGAUGUUUGACGUCUUCGGUGACCUCAAAAAGCAGAUUACAACCUCAGGGGCGACCAAGCCACGGGUCUCAUCGCUGGCACUGUUCACUGCCAAGUUGUGCAUGUUGCUGACGCUGAUGGCAUGUGUGCUGGUCACAGCCAAGAACUACAUCGGUGACAACAUCAACUGCAUCACUGGCCACGAGAAACAGGAACACAAGGCCAUAGAGACGUACUGUUUCAUCGCCUCCACCUUCACCCUGGUCGAUCUCAACGCUGUGGUGAGUACCCACAUCCCUCCAUACUAUGUGCUCACCUACAUGUAGCUGUAGAGGUCAAGUCUUAGCUCCUGGCCCCGCCUCUCAACUUGCCGUUUACCAGAUUCAUUUCCUCAUGAGCCCUAUCGUACCUGCUCUGAAAACUAGUCUCCACCACUUUAUCGUCAAGGUCAACCCUUUUCCCUAACACCGUGAGGCAGAAAAAUACUGCCUGACAUCCCUGUGGCUCAUCUGUGUCUUUAACUUCCAACCCAGGCCGCUGUGUACCGAGGCGUUUCCUCGGUAGGGAUACGCAAGUGUUGAAGAUGUGCAGAAUUUUAUCUCCCCGCACACAUAAGGGGGAUUACCAAUAGACCCCUGGCUGUCUUCAAGAAGGCGCUGGAAAGGCACCUAAAGUCAGUACCUGACCAGCCGGUCUAUGGUUCGUACGUCAGUUUGCGUGCGGCCAGCAGUAACAGCCUGGUUGAUCAGACCCUGAUCCACCACGAGGCCUGGUCUCAGACCGGGCCGCGGGGCCGUUACCCCCUGAAACCCUCCCCAGGUGUGUCCCCAAGUACCUUUUACGGACUCUAAAAUAUCUUAUCCCUGUCUACCAUACGAUUUCCGUUGUUUUUCUUA